GGUUUAACUUACUCCGUGGGGUAAAAACCGAAGAUAUUAAUGUUUAGAAUAUUGAUGCAAUAAAUACACUAUAGAUACAACCUUCACUGCAAUAUGAUCUUGGAUUACACCUUUUAAGUUUAUAUUCUAAUUUUUCCUGUUUAGACAUGGUCUAUUCCAAUGACAGCCAAAAAGAUGAAGCUGGAUCCAGUAAUGAUGCAUCUUUGGACGAAAAGUUGCUCAACACAGUGCUAAAUGACCCUGUAUGCCCAGAAGAUGAAGCUAACUUAGAGAAAGCUAUAAACAAAACUGCUGAAAACCUGAAGGACUUUGAUACUCCUCUAUUGAGUGAACCAGAGUUAUCUACACCUAUUCUAAAGAGGAAAAGGAAAGUCGGACCAGUGAGACAGAAAUGGACUGACUUUGAGACAACAGAACUGGAGCAUCUAUUUAGAAACUUCAUCAAAGGAAAAAUAUGUCCCUCGAAAAAAGAUAUUGAAAAAAGAAUCAGAAAGUCAAAGAAACGGAAUGGAUACAUUUGGAAAAGACAAUGGGAGAAAAUAAAGAAGAAGGUUUGGAACAUGUA